CCUCCCCCCCUCCCACUCCUAACAAUGGUGGUAACGGUGUGAGCGGCCCGGCCCGGAGCGGAUCGAGCGCGACGCUGAAAGCAGGUAAAAUCUAUUUUAUCUCAUUAUGGAAAAUGCUGCUAAUGAAGAUGGAGGAAAUGAGCAGGCUGACACUCAGUCUUCUAAUGAAGAUCAGCGCAGGCGCCAGUCAGACCGCCUGGAUCGAGAGGAAGCCUUCUAUCAUUUUGUCAAUAACCUGAGUGAAGAGGAAUACAGGCUGAUGAGGGAUAAUAACCUGUUUGGUACACCAGGGGAAAUUACAGAAGAGGAACUUAUCAGGCGUCUACAGCAGGUGAAGGACGGUGUCAUUCAGAACAACCCUGAUGCUCGGAGAAGUGAGGGUUCAGGUGAUAACAGAGUAGGUGCUGAAGGUUCAGAAGAAGGAUCAAGCGGAGACUCUCUUCUAGAGUGGUUGAAUGCUUUUAGACAGACAGGGAACACGACGAGAAGUGGACAGAGUGGGAAUCGGUCAUGGCGAGCAGUCAGUCGUACAAACCCAACAAGUGGUGAUUUUAGAUUCAGCUUGGAAAUUAACGUCAGUCGGAGUAGAAUUGAUCAAAGUGCCGAGAUGGAAAGUGAGCAACCCAUGGACACUUCAAACGUGGCAGUAACAGUGCCAGCAGCAGAGGAAGCAGUGACACCAGUGCCAUCAGGAAAUAUAAAUGCACCCCCACCAACAGCAGCACAACCACCACAUGCUGUAACAGCUCCACCAAUUACUGUAGCAGUAGAAAAUAUCCAGAGUGAACCUGAGAGGUCUGAAUCCACUGUAACAAGGCGAAAUAGAGGACCAAGUGGGGAAUUAUCCUAUGAAAACAGAUAUGAACUUUUGAGACGAGAGCUUGAAACUCAGGCCCAUCAAGGUCGUCCAAGAAGUGGUAGAAGUAGAAGCCCAGAACGCCGAAGGACUUCUAGAACAAGAAGCAAUCGAAGCCGAUCACCCUUGCAUCGAGUUGGUGAGGGGACGAGUAGAUCACGACGUCAGGGGUCUUCCCAGAGGUCCGAUAGAUCCAUUUCAGAAAGUGGAACAGAAGGAAGUUCCAGAACUAGACAGCAUGUGGUGUCUAGGCAGAGUCGGGCUGGAGAUGAGGUGCAGGCUGAAGUAACUAAUCUUGUUUCUGCAUCUGAGCCAAGUGAACCUAGAGAGCCUUCCCAGGAAGCUGCUGAAUCUUCAGAAGCUGUCAUCAGUGACCCCUCUGUAGCUGGCCGGCGACCGCCUACCAUUAUGUUAGAUCUGCAAGUGAGAAGGGUGAGACCUGGUGAAAAUGCAGAUAGAGAUAGUAUAGCAAACAGGACCCGGUCACGAUCCCAAACAUCUGACAACACGGUUGUUUACGAAAGUGAGCGGGGUGGGCUCAGGCGCACGUUCUCCCGGUCUGAGCGAGCAGGGGUGCGAACUUACGUUAGCACUAUUCGUAUUCCUUUUCGCAGGAUCUCUGAUUCGGGUCUUGGAGAGGCCGCCUCAGUUGCCCUCCAAACAAUACUACGCCGGAUAAUGAUGGGUGGGGAACUAAGUUCCUUUGUGGACAGUGACAGCGAUUCUGAAUCUAGCAACAGGGGCCAAAAUCAAGUGCAGGAAGUUUCUGAAUCGCAGAACAGCACAAGUGAACCCCCAAGCAUGGCCGCUGAAGGCAGAAUGGGCGAGCAACAGGCAGGGGAACAGCGAAAUGGCAGUGAAACAGAUAGCAUAACUGGUGCUAGGAGAAGAGAAGGUCAGCAAACUCGAGGCUUAUUUGGCCUUGAAGAAAGUGGUACGUUGCCCAUACUUAGGCUUGCCCAUUUCUUCCUGUUAAAUGAUGAAGACGAGGACGAUCAGCCCAGGGGACUGACUAAAGAGCAGAUUGACAACUUGUCCACAAGAAAUUUUGGGGAAAGUGAUGCAAUUAAAACCUGCAGUGUCUGCAUUAGUGAGUACACUGCAGGAAACAAGCUGCGCAAGCUCCCCUGCUCUCAUGAGUAUCAUGUUCACUGUAUCGAUCGCUGGCUGUCUGAAAACUCCACAUGUCCCAUAUGCCGUCAGGCUGUUUUAGUUCGCACCACUGAAAGUGUUGGCUAGUGUACAGCCUCCAUCAGUUUGUGCUCCAGUAUUGGUGUAAUGUAGAAUUAGCUAGCUGUACCAAACAGUGAACCAUAUAAAAAUGUACUUCAGAAUGUAGUGGGGAAAUUCAAAAUAGCCAUACCUAAUACUUCUACGUGACCUAUCCUUUCUGCAAGGGAAGGCUUUUUUUCUUUUUGCUAAAAUAAGGAUUUGGACAUUUCUUUUAAAUUUUUUUUUGCGAGCGUGCACCAAUGCACUGUUUUUAAAGUGAGAAGACUUUACCAUGCUUAGAAACAAACUAGCGAUACUGUAUUUGGGGCACGGCUUUUGACGUUUGGUAUCUUGUGUUUGUUGGCAUAACCUUUUUUAAGGAUUUGUUCUUAGCAUGGUAAAUAAGUAAUUUAAACUUUAAUGCUUUGCUGCUUCCUUCACUCAUUUUGUAAAAGUUCAGUCCUUGCCCUGAUUUCUAUCACAUUGUCUGUGUUUUGUCUUGGUUCGCUGUAUUGAAUUUAAGGUUUUCAUUUUUUGUAAUUUUUUUAAUCAAAAUUAUUUCCUUUCUGACGUAUGAUUUUGAUUUUUGUGCACACUUACAGUGAUGUAUUUUAGUAAUUCAGAGUAUUUGUUCACAGUUCAUUGCAGGGUCUGUGUACUUGGGAAGCGGAAAUUGGCCACUUUUUAAAAAAGAAUGAAAUUUGCAAUGCAAAUUGUCACUGCUUAUUAAAAAAUUCUAAUUUACUGAACAUCUUUAAUGGACAGAUUGCCUUAUACUACAACAUAUAUCAAGUCUAUGGGACUAAUUGGAGACAUGCAGCAGUUAAGUAUUCUGUACAGUGGACUUAUUUAUUAUCUCAACCAUUUAAAAAAAAACAAUUUAUUUCCAUCUUUUUGUGGAGUUACUCUGGACCUCCCUUUUAUCCAUUUUUGCCUCUCCACCUUGCACCUCUAGGCUCUUAAGAAUAUUUUAAAGUGGGGAAUGACCCACCAGUCCAAUGAUACAUGCUCUUGAAUAAGAAGCAUUUUGCCUUUGGGAAACUGGCUGUUUUUGAUUUCUCUACAGUCGAUUGGAACAGCAGCGGAACUGUGUGGACACGCUAGCUGCUGGCCACAUUUCUGCCACUUUCCAAUACUGCGCUAUAUAAUCUGUGCCUAAUAAAAGACCUGUGAUUUCACAGCUUGCCGCUUAAUUGACAGUUGGUCUGUUGCAACCUUACAGCAGUAUGUCUGUGGGUAGGCUGUGUAGUGGACUACUCUGAAAUCCUGAUGGAAUAUUGGUAACUUCUGCGGUAGGUACUUGCAGACCUAGUCUGCAUGGAAUAUAAGCUCUAGUGUUCAGUCAAUUGAAAACGUUGCAUUUAUGGGUUGUGCAGGGUAAGGAUGCUGCAGUGUAAUAAAACACAACUGGAAAUUGCAGUUUUUUUAAACCAUGAAAUUAAAAUGUUACAGUUGUAAUAUAACUAAUGUAACUGAAUUGAAGAAUCAUAGAGCUUUUUUGAGGGAGAAUGGCUGUUUCUCGUCUUAAAUAUAUAUGCACAGGAUAAUGGAAAGUAAUGUCCUUAUUUAGUGUGUUGCCUAUCCUGAUGUAUAUGGAAGACCCAUUUUUGUACAAAAAUGACCAGAUAUUAAUGGCAUCUUGUAUAAAUUUUAUGCCAAUAUUGUAACGUGCACUUGCAUUACUGAAAUAGUUUAGCUCCACGGAGCAAAUAUUAUUAGAAAAGAAUGAUGCUAUGACACAAAAUAGGAAUCCCACAGACUGUGAUCAAUCCUGCAUAAGGCGAACUGUAUAAUAAAGAUUCAAAGCAAAUUAGGAGAUGAGUGCUUUAAGAAGUCCAGGGAGAGUUCUUCCUUCAGCUGCAGGAAUCCUACCAAAGUGCAUGUACUUUGGUUUACUGUACAGGGCUUGUUUAAAGUGAUUUAGUUUAUUUAUGUAAUCUGUUGUACCAAUUUUUGUAAAUUAGUAACUGAGUUUUCAUGCAAAAAUACAAGUUCAGUUACCCAGUUGUCAUUUAACUUUUCUGGGGGAAGAAACAUCAAUUACAAAUAGACAUUAUCUUUUGACAUUGACCAUUUUGAAGAGUUGGGUUAUCCAUAAAUGUUAAUAAAAUAUUGCACGAAAAAAACAA